CCGUACUAUCUGCAAAAAGAAACAAAAAUGACUUUCCCGCAUCCAAUUCGCUUUCGAGAUGGUCUGGUUGUCUUGGUGUCCAUUGCGACUCUGCUGAACGCUGGCGUUGUCUCGGCAUUUUCGAUCGCCCCGACUAUGACACGACCAACGGCCCUUGCAAUGUCGGCCACGGCGGAACAUACCGCCGUGUCGUCGGUUCCAUCCCACGUGGCGGCGGCCUUGAAAAAGGCCAGCAAGACGCUGACGGUCCAUCUGGAAUACGCUGGCGGCGAAACUUUGGACGCAGGCGAAUUGGGGACUCUGUCGAUGCAAGCACGCAAACUCCAGGUGAACUCGUUGUGGGUCUCCGAUGUACAGGUGGCACACGAAUUAGUGCAAGAACAAGCCUCGGCAAAAGGGAAUUUUCCAGGACCUUGUCCCGUCAUUUACGACAAUCGCGCGAGUGUUAGCACGGACGAUUUGCUUCAACAAGCCGUACAAGCUGGAGUCGAUGCCGUGGUGGUACCGGCAUCGGCAGAAUUCAAAGCCCCGGAAAAUGAUGAGGUGGGAGUCAUCUACCUGGUGCAAUCGGAACAAGAAGUGCAAGACGUACUGGCAAGAGCUGACAAUGACCAAUCCGUUUGCUUUUUGGUGGAUGCCAACAACGACAAUGACAAUCUCGACUCGAUUCUUUCCGCCGUUAACAACCACAAAAACUCGAUUGUCCUGGCCGCCAUGCCCGCCAUGCAACACGACAAUGCCGAAAUUAGUACCGGAAAAACACUCAAGCAACAACACGGCGUGCACGGAAUUGUCUUGGAGCGGGCAUUGAUGGGCGAUGCCGAAGAUAUCGAGUAUUGCACCUUUGCCGUACAGGGAUUGACCAAGAAACAGUCCUCCACCUUCAACAUGUCCGGAUUGACCGGAUCCACCAAUGGGCAUUUUGGUGGCGUCUCCUCCUCGGUGGCCAAAACUUGGAGGAGAACGUCACGAAACUAACUUGUGUCCUGGCCGGCCUGUCAAGCAUGUACUGUAACAACAAUCCAUAAAACAACAAAACAUGUUAAUAAAAAAUCAUUGACCUUCUUC